CCGCUGCCAACACUACAUUCAUUGUAUUUGCCAACUGGCCGCCGCGGGGGGAAGCUGUGCGUCCGCGCCUCUCCACACUCGUGUGAUUGCUGUGUUCUUCGGGGGUUUGUGUGAUGCAGAGUGCUGCAGUGUAAAGCCGAGACCUGGACUCCGGAGUGAGAUGUGAGAGGCAGAGUGUUACGUGGUGCAGGCCCGCGACGGGGAGCGCUAGAUUGUGGAAAGGACAUGAUGUUACUGGCGGGGCAGGAGUGAGCCAACACGGGUCGGUGGGCCUCCUUCAGAUGCUCAGAUAACAGCGGCUCCAGCAUGGCGGGGUCCACCAACGCCCUCGUAUGGAUACUUGUGGGCGUGUGGGCGGCCUGUGCGUCGAGGGUGUGGGCGGACUACCCGGUGCUCCUGUCGCAGGACCACCCAGGAGGGCCGCGGCGGUGCGAGACCAUUCGCAUCGCCGCCUGCCGGGAGGUCGGGUACAACCUCACCUCCAUGCCCAACCUUGUGGGCACCGAGCUCCAGAAGGACGCAGAGUCGCGCCUCAACUCCUUCAAGCCCCUCAUACAGUACGGGUGUUCCUCGCAGCUCCAGUUCUUCCUGUGCUCCAUCUACACGCCCAUGUGCACGCCACAGGUACCCACGCCCAUCGGGCCUUGCAGGGACCUGUGCGAGACGGUGAGGAACCGCUGCGCCCCGGUCAUGGCAGAGCUGGGCUACCCGUGGCCCCACUUCCUCAACUGCUCCAGGUUUCCUCCAGAAAAUAACGAGGAUCACAUGUGCAUGGAGGGCCCUGGGGAGAAGAUGCCGCCCCACUCCCCACCUACAACCUCAACACGCCCGCAACCGCCCCGAAGAUGUAGUCAAUACGCCCACGCCCACAAGUACCGGUAUAUCAACGCGACGGGCACGUGCGCGCCUCUAUGCCAAGCCAAUAUAUCUUUUAACAGCAGCGACAAGUCGUUCGCUGGGGUGUGGAUGGCCAUCUGGGCGGUGGUGUGCUUCGCUGUCACCCUCUUCACCGUCCUCUCCUUCCUGCUUGACGCCGCCGCCUUCAGGUACCCGGAGCGGGCGGCUGUCCACCUGGCGCUCUGCUACAACCUGGUGGCCGUGGGGUACCUGGUGCGGCUGGUGGCAGGUGCAGGUCGCGUUACCUGCCACGCCGACCCGGAGGUGGGCGUGGUGGCCGUCACUGAAGGGGCACUACAUACCACCUGCGCCCUCGUCUUCCUCCUCCUCUACUACUUCAGCACCGCUGCCUCAGUCUGGUGGGUGAUGCUGUGCGUGUCGUGGCUGCUGCGGGCCUGGCGGGGAUGGAGCCACGAGCAGAUCCUCCGACACUCCUCCUGGUUCCACGUGGCCGCUUGGGGAGUGCCCGCCGCUCAGGCCAUCGUCUGCCUCGUCUUCAGGAAGGUCGACUCCGACGAGCUCACAGGUACCUGCUACGCUGGUCAGCAGAACACUGAGACGCUUGUGCGCUUUGUCCUGGUGCCACAGUUCCUCUACCUGGUGACGGGAGCGACGCUGGUGCUGGUGGUGUUCGCGUGUCUGUGGAGGGCACGAGUGCGCCUUCGCCAGGAGGGCAUGAAGACUGACCGCGUGGACGUCACCGUGGCCAGGGUGGGCGUGGUGGCUGUCCUUUACAUGGUCCCAGCCUCUUGUCAGGUUGGCGCGACCUUCUAUGAGUAUGUGGAGCGAGAGCGUUGGCUGCGGGACCCGUCAGUGAGGCCCAACAUGGAGGUGUUCAUGCUCAAGAUCUUCAUGUCCAUGGCCGUGGGCAUUAUGGGCGGCCUCUUCCUUAUCAACGGCCGCGUCCUCCACUCCUGGAAACAAUUCUUCAGAAGGAUCACGGCCAGGAAGCAGCCACUUCCCGCGUACCUUCAGGCGCCGCACCUGACGCAGGUGGGGGCAGGCCUCGUCUGCCAGGGUACAGCGGUGCCCCACAAACACCCACCUGGUCACCAUAACCACCUUCACCACCACCACCACUACCUACCCCAACAACGCCAGCAGGAGCCAGCCGGGGGACCCUUACCUGACGUCCAUGGCUACGUCAAUAUGUACCCUCCCCAACCCCCUAAGCACCACCUCCUCCACCACCAUCUCCACAACUCCCAGCCCUCGAGGCAUAAGUGUGGCUCGGAGACUCAGGUGUAGCAGCCGAGGACACCUGGCAUGACCCAGAUCCGUACGUGAUCAACCAAGCUCUACGUAUUGAAGGCCAGAGUCGGCCAUCACGACUCUGCUGUAGUACUUCAGAAUCAUCUGUCAUGAGCCAGCUGCCGUCAUAUAUCAUUCAAUUCCUCUGACCUGGUACUCUUUGGGCUCUUACACCUGGAAGUGUAAGAGCCACUAGUGGUAUCCACAUAUGCAACCCGUCCUCAGACAAAGUCCAUUCUAUCCAACGGUCAACCCCAAAGACGCAUUCAUAAAUUAACAUUGUGCAUUCAAAACAGGAAUUUUCUCAAAUAUAAAUUAAUAUUAUAUAUUAG